UUGGUUAAAAGAAUGGAAAAAAAGAGCUGAUUUGGAAGAAAAGAGAAAUCAGAAAGGGGAAAAGGAGGACAAAGAGUAUGAAGAUUCUCUGGACAGCCUUGACUUUAAAGAUAAUAAAUCUGAUAUUGAGGAAGAGACUAGCCUUUGCAAUACAGUUCUGAUAACUGGCCCACCAGGAGUGGGGAAAACUGCUGCAGUAUAUGCUUGUGCUCAGGAGCUUGGUUUUAAGAUAUUUGAAGUCAAUGCCUCUUGCCAGCGUAGCGGCAGACAGAUACUGUCUCAACUCAAAGAAGCUACUCAGUCUCAUCAAGUGGACAAAAAAGGCAUUAAUGCACAUAAGCCUUGCUUUUUUAACAGUUGUAGCAGUGCCAAGUCACCAAAAAAAACAUAUUCUCCAAAGAAAGUUAUUUCACCAAGAAAACCUCCACUGUCACCAAAAGGAGCAGGAUUAAAACGAAACUUGCCCCCUAAAACACUUGCAAACUAUUUCAAAAUUUCUUCCAAACGUAAAGGUAAUGAUGGAGCAGUAACAUCUCAAGAAAAAAAUAAAGGAAAUAGCCAGAAGUCACGUGAAGAAAAAAAAGAUGCUCAAAUUAAGUCAAUAAACAAAGAAGUAGAAGGAGGAGAACACAACAGAAAAAGUGCAACAUCUCUCAUUCUUUUUGAAGAGGUAGAUAUAAUAUUUGAUGAAGAUGCAGGAUUUCUAAGUGCAAUAAAGACAUUCAUGGCAACUGCAAAGAGACCUGUAAUUCUUACUACCAAUGAUCCAACAUUCAGCUUAACAUUUGAUGGCUAUUUUGAAGAGAUCAACUUUAGAACCCCUUCCUUGAUAAAUGCUGCUAGCUAUCUUCAAGUGCUGUGUCUGGCUGAGAAUCUACGAACAGAUGUGAAAGACUUAGCUGCUCUGUUAACCACAAAUAACUGUGAUAUCAGACAAAGUGUUCUCUACUUACAAUUUUGGGUUAGAAGUGGAGGUGGAUGCUUGAAAGACAAAUGUUUGGCACAUCAUGGAGGAGAUGAGACAAAUAAAGCAGAUUGUGUAAGUCAUUCUGAAAAGACUACUGAUUCCAAGACUGAUUUUUCUCAAGCUGACACACGUCUUCAGGAGUUUCCAAAAUGUGAUACAGGCUGUGUAGAGACGCUGCUUGGCCUUAAGAAUAUCCUGUUGCCUUCAGAAGAUUUGCUUACAUUUCUUAAGCACAAAAUCACAACCAUGGAGAAAUGGAAUAAAUUGAUGCAGCUUCUCACGGAAUUCCAGAUGAAGAAAGUGGAUUUUAUAUAUAGUAAUCUUGAACUUAUUCUUCCCUUACCAGUACAAGUUCUUUCAGACCAAUCUGAAGCCUCUAACUCUAUACUUGAAAGGACUACCAUAGUUUCUUCAAAAAAGAGAUCUAACAGUUAUUGCUCUGGAAAAAAGUCUAAAAAGACAAAGAACCAGAAAAGGCUUGAUAUGUUGGAUGAUAGUGACUUAUUUGAUACUGGACUGAACUAUUCAGCUGAAUUCAUAACUUUGCCAUCGGAUAGUCCUACAUCGUGUGCUGAAGUGAAUAAAGAGGAAUCAAAAUUGUUGAUGAAUAAAGAAGAAAAAGAAAUUAAAACUAAAACCUCAGCAAAUGAGAAAAGGUCUGCUCUUGUUUUUGAGUGUCUGAAUUCACUGACUGAAUUUGUGGAGAAUAUAUCUUUCUUGGAUUGCUGUGUAAACACUAACACCAAGGAACCACUGGAAUUUUCUAAAGAUGAAGGAUUUAAUUGGACAAAUGGCAAAAUCAAAAAUGGUCUUUGUGAUGAGUUCAGUAUAGAAGAUACUGAUUGGUGGAGUUCCCAGCGCUGUAGUGAAAUAAAGGCAGCUAUUGAAGCACUCAGUUUUAACAAAUGUUCUGUUAAUAUUUCACAAAACUUGGAAUCCUCUUUGAGUGCCAGUAAAACACCUGAAAGUGAUCAACUGGAGGGACUUACUUUGCAUAUUUCAAACACAAGAAAUUAUGUAUCCUUCAGUCAGUCGGCUGAUUCAAGCAUUCACAAAAAAGCACAGAAGAGGCUGGCAGUCAUCAGAACAGUAUUUUCCAGAAGUCCUUUAAACUUGGGUAAUAAGCAAGCCAGCAUACUUGAAUACCUCCCCGCUCUUCGCAGCAUCUGUAGGUCUGAGAAGCUUAAAGAGCAAGGGAAGACUAAAAGAAGGUUCUUGCAUUAUCUUGAAGGUAUUCAUCUUGAAAUACCCAGACAAAUGAUAAACGAUCUGUCUUUGGAGUUCCCUUAAAAUUGGUAACACCGGAAAUACUUUGUGCCUAAUGGUGGUAUUCUCACCAUAGUUUCUUUUUUUUUUUUUAACCACGUUAUUUUAUUGUAUAUUCAGAGCCAUUUGUAUAUUAAAUUUCUAUAAGUAUUUAAAAUAAUGUAUAUAUCUAUUGUCAUGAUAUUGCUUUCCACAGCUGAAAUGUGGGUUUGUUUGGUGCUUGUCCAGUAAGUGCAUUUAUAAUAUUAAAUGCACAAACUAAUCAAUGGGGACUACUU